AUGGUUAGAAUCACCACCGACCGAGACUGUCAUGUGCCUGUCGCAGUUAGACGAAUUAACCAAAAGGAUACAGGACCGUACGCUGCGGCCGUUCUACGGUUCCAGAUUUCCUUCCCAGACACAUACCCGAAGCUUCCGCCCCUGAUUCUCUUCUCGACUGAUAUAUUUCACCCACUCAUCACCCCCCUUACGACAUAUGUGCACGCAAAGGAUGUUCAAGAUAGAGGCACUGGCAGCGCUACCGAUCAAGAACAACUACCGCCUGGCGGAUUCAGCCUGAGGCAUGGUUUCCCACGGUGGUUUGGCCGUGGGCCAAGUACCGAGUCUGGGAACAGACUGGCUAGUGGCGAAAGACUUGUCAGCUCAGGGUCUGACGGGACUGGCGCGCCACCUGAUGGUGUUGUCAUGUCGCCGAAGCCACCUCAUGCAAGCUCUCCAGAUUAUAGCCAGAACUGCAAACCAGGCAUGUCUAUUUACAGUAUUUUGAAGUAUAUCCGCAGCACCUUUGACACGCCAGAAGUUCUUGACAUGGUUCCUCUAGAAGCCUCGGGAAAUCCUGGAGCAUGGCAUGCGUGGCGCGCGCACAGGCGGAAAAUUGGCAAGCUCGCAGAUCAGAAGCCCGGUGGUGGCGAUAGUUUCGAUACUGACGGUGUCCGAAAUAGCUCUUCUGGGAAGGCAGAGGAGCCAGCUCCAUCGCCCACCACAGCGACGCGGCAGCCUGGUCAGUGGAAUUGGGAUGGGGUGUGGGAGGACAGAGUGCAAAAGGGAGUUGCGGCUAGUCUUUCUGAACCCGUGUUGUACGGAGGAUCAGGCGUGCCUGAUGAGAUGAUUCACUUUCUCCCAAUGGAAGAAACGGAUGUGGAGUCUGUGAAGGAUAAUAUUCGUCGUACACUCGGCAGUGUGGCCUAA